CAAAAUAUAUAAUUUUUUAAAAUGUAAGUAUAAAUUUAAAUAUUAAAUAAUAUAUUAAGCAUUUCAAUAAACAAACUUUGUAAACAUUUAUGUAAAAUUUUAAACAUCUUUGAUUAUUUUAUAUUUUAAUUAUUAUUUGGUACCAAAAAACAUGUGAACUUCCAACGGUUUAUCUUUGUUUACCUGCGAAUUUUCUCUCUCUGUUUUUGUUUACCAAAAUAUUCUCAAUAUUUCAUAUAACUCCAAAAGCAGCUUUGAUUUAUUCCUUGCUUCUAUUUCCAGAAAUUGUUCAGCUUACUCUUCUGAAAUCAAAACCAGGUAUGGGUAAUAUCUUCUCAAUCUCACUUUCACUCGAUACCAUCAUUACCCGUUGUUGGGAUUCUGCUGUUGGAAAGGCUGCUUUUCUAUCCAAACUUGAAGAAAACCUCCACGCUUUAAAAAAUGAAGUGGACGAAUUGAAGGCGAUAAGGAUGUAUCUUAUGAGCAGGGUCAGGGUCGCUGAAGAUGAGCAGCAACUUAGGCGGCUACCCCAAGUUGAUCUUUGGCUUCAGAGGGCUAAUCGUGUGAUAGCCGAUGCCGAUCAACUGAUUGUCCAAAGUCCUCAGCAUGUUGAAAAGCUAUGUAUGGGAGGUUGUUGUUCCAGGCAUCCCAGGUCCACCCACAAGUUCGGGAAGCAAAUCGCCACAAUACUCCAAGAGGUGAAAGACAUGAAGGAGAAAGGAGAUUUCAGUGAUGUGGCCUGCAAGCCACCAAUUCCUUCCGCAAAUAAACGACCUUCUGAGCCAACUGUGGGUUUAGAGUCCUAUGUCGAUCAGGUUUGGAGCUAUAUUCAAAACGAACUAGUGGGAAUCAGUGGCAUAUAUGGCUUAGGAGGGGUUGGCAAGACAACCCUCCUAAACCAAAUCAAUAACAAAUUCCAUGAUACUACCCAUGAUUACCUUGUCAUUUGGGCAGUUGCAUCGCAAGAUCGGCCAAUUGAGAAAGUCCAGGAUGAGAUUGCCAAAAGAAUAGGCCUUUCCAAUGAACGUUGGAAAUCUAAGAGCCUUGAUGAGAAAGCUGGAGACAUAUGCAGCAGAUUAUAUAGGAGGUUUGCAUUGUUGUUGGAUGAUAUAUGGGAAUGGUUUGAUCUCACAAGAGCUGGGAUACCUAUUCCAACACUGGACAAUGACUGUAAAGUCAUUUUCACAACUCGUCGUCUUGACGUGUGCUGUCAAAUGCAACCGAACAUGGAUAAUAAUAUCAGAGUGGCAUGUUUACCAUCAGGAGAAGCUUUCAAACUGUUCGAGGAGAAGGUUGGGUCAGAAACCCUUCAAAUGCAUCCGGAUAUUCACAACUUAGCUGAAGCGGUGGUUGAAGAGUGUGCAGGACUACCUCUCGCUCUCAUUACAAUUGGGCGAGCCAUGGCAUCCAAGAAGACCUCUUGGGAAUGGGAAUAUGCUAUUGAAGUUUUAAGGCAAUCAGCAGCCUCUGUGUUCCCAGGGGUAGGGAAAGAGAUGUAUCCCAAGUUAAAAUUCAGUUAUGACUGUUUACCUGAUGAAAGGUUCAGAUCUUGUUUCUUGUAUUGUUCUUUAUGUUAGAAUUAAGUGACCCAAAUUCUUAUUUAAAUAAAAUACGAUGGAAAAUAAAAUAAAAGUAAAA